ACCAUUGGGCAGUUGUAGAGAUGUGACUUCUGGAACAGCUGUGCUUCUUGUGUUAAAUAAAAAUGGUGCGUUGAAUAAUGAAACUGGAUUUGAUUGUAUGGAAGACUUUUGUAGAAUAAUCUCUGGGCUUUUCGUUUUAUUCACUUAUUGUUUGCAACAUGUAAUGGGCGUGCGAUGGGCGGAGACGAAAGUAAAAAUAAGUCACCAGCAUCACAGGAGAAGGUGAGAUCCCUGUCCUGUCGCAAGAGGUUUCUGUCUCUCCCCACUCAAAUUCCUCAUAGUCUGUUUAGACGCAAUAGAUUCUCCAAACCUUCGCAGAAAGACUCAAACGCACAGUGGACACUUCCAGCUUUCAUUUCUGUUUUCCUCCCCGAGUUUCCACAGAGGUUUACAGGACAUGUGCAUUUACAGAUUCUUGGGUUUAUAGCUAAAGGCUCAUUUGGUCCUAUCCUAAAGGUGAAGGAUGUAUGUAAAGAUGUGACGUAUGCUAUUAAGGUUUUACCCAAAGCUGAGGUUUUGAAGCACAGAGUUCUCCAGCAGUCAAAAGAAGAGGUUAUAAUUCAACGACAAGUCAGACAUCCUUUCCUCCUCAGUCUCCAGGACUGCUGGCAGAGUCCGAACAAUCUCUUCAUCAUGUGUGAUUAUUGCAGUACUGGGGAUCUGUAUACUUACUGGACACUGAAGGGCUGUUUUGAUGAGAAAGAGAUUCAAGUGUUUGCUGCCGAAUUGGGAUCUGCUUUGGGUUUUCUACAUGACGUUGGAAUAAUACAUAGGGAUGUGAAGAUGGAGAACGUCCUACUGACUGAUGAAGGUCACCUCCGCUUGACUGAUUUUGGGCUGUCUCGUCGCCUUGAGCGUGGGGAUAGAGCCUUCACUAUCUGUGGCACAAUACAAUACAUGGCUCCUGAGGUCCUUUGUGGUGGUCCCUAUGGCCACGCGGCAGACUGGUGGUCUCUUGGUAUUCUCAUCUACGCUUUGGGCACUGGAGGGUUUCCUAUUCCUGCGGAAGCAGACCACUGUAAGAUGCUGGCCAGGGUCAGUGAACAUCCUUAUGACAUGCCUGCCGGUAUCAGUCCAGAUUUGGCCUUUCUGCUCAUAGAGCUUCUUUGCAAGAUCCCCACACGACGCUUGCGUUCCCUGGAGCUCUUCCAAAACCAGAGGUUUUUCCACGGCAUGUCCUUUGAUUCCCAAAUGUUGCAGAAAAGUCCCGUCGAGCCAAUCCUGGAGCUAAAGGAUCAUCCUGACCGACAGGAAAAGUCCACGAGAGGUCUAUCAUUAGAUCUGCUUCAGAAUUUUGAGUGUGACCUGCUAAACUCUUCAUCCUUUUCCUAAUAAAGAUUGGGGUGAACAAAGUUACCUCACAGACUGGAGCAACAGGAAACACGUUCUCUAUAAAUAAACACUUCGUAUUCUUUCUGAAACUCUAGUGCUGUCCUUCUGCCAAAGACCAGUGCUUGAAUUGAGGGGGGGCUGGGGGGAUCCGGGACCCCCCAUAAGGCAUUAGGGACCCCCUAUAAGAUGUCAAAAUUAAUCUUAGGGGGGUCCCUCAGAUAUUUUUAUUUUAGUACAGAUAAUGCUGACAAACUCAAAUAGAUGAUCAAGGUCAAAUUAAACAAGCAGGUAUUUCUGUGCAAAAUAAUAACGUAUAGUGUCUAUAAAAUCAUUAAUUUCGGUAUUUUUCUUGUUAUAAAUUAACAUUUAAGCAAUUGUAUAUAAAGUUUAGUUUUUAUCAUUUACAGCAACAAUCACAAAUUAUAUGUAUUAUUUGUCUGUUUAUCAUAAAUACUUUGACACAUUAAAUUUUAAAAUUAAAUAAGAUUGCUGAACUUAGCCGGGAGUUCCCAGGCAGGAUCACAUUUGUUUUUUCAGGUUUAGUUAUCAAAAAUGCUUUUUUGUUAAUUCUUUGUGUGAUGUUCUGAACAUUGUGGCUUUAAAAUGUUAUGAUGAAUCAUUUAACGAAUGUUUAUCCUGCCUUUCAUUUUAACUUAAAAGUGUAAAAUACCACACGAACAUAAAUUGGAUGCAUUUAGGUUUACUUGUUCUUUAAUAAUUUCAUAAUUAUUGUCAGUGGCAUCACUAGGUCCUUUUAAAAUUUCUGCCCAGUCCACCUAAAAAAAAUCUGAUUUGUACACAAAUUCGUGGUCGCUUUUAAGUCCUAUUUAAAUCUUAGCGGUCUUCGGCUCCGCUCUGUCAUUCAGCAAAUUUUUUAAUUUUUUUUGGAUCCUGCAGCCAUGGAUCAAAGUAUAGUGUACAUUAACUGAUGACAUCUGCAUCUGUGUAGUUCUUAAAUAAAAUAAAAAACAACACUUACAAAAUGUGAUGUUGGAGCAUUAUUUUUAUAUAUAUAUUUUUGCUUAUGUCAUGUUGCAUGGUGGGGACCCCCCAUAAGACCUGAUUCAAUUCGAGCACUGCCAAAGACUAAAUGAAAUAUAUUUAUAUAUUGUAUAACAUGAACAUACUUUUUAAUGUAAUGGUAUGCUUUGAUUAUAUUUUUCGUUUCGAAAGAGCAAACAAAAUUAAAUGUUCUAAUAUGAAAGAAAAUUAGUUGACACUUC